CUUCCUUUUCGUUUCCUUCUCAUUCCUUUGUUGCGAUCGUCUUCUUCUUCUUCUUCUUGUUACUUGUGCUGGAGUUGUUAGAGAAGAUGGCCCAGGGAAGAGGCAGUGCAGCUAGAAUUGUUAUUGUUGGGAUCACAUUGCUUGCCCUGUUGCUUCACUUUGAGACUGCCCAUGCAGCUACCUACACAGUUGGGGACAGUGGUGGAUGGACCUUCAAUGUAGUUAGUUGGACUAAAGGGAAGCACUUCAGAGCUGAUGAUACUCUUAUUUUCAAGUACGAUCCAUCGAUCCACAACGUUGUCGCUGUCAACAGGAAAGGUUACAGCAAUUGCAAGACCCCAGCUGGGGCUAAAGUGUAUAAAUCAGGGAACAAUCAGAUCAAAUUGUCUAAGGGGCAGAGCUACUUCAUCUGCAAUUUUCCUGGGCACUGUGAAUCAGCUAUGAAAAUUGCUGCUAAUGCAGUGUAAACCAAGAUUAAGAGGAGUAUGUGUCUCUUAUAGUAGAAGAUACAUAUAAUAUUGAGAAGCACUACAGUAAUAGAGAGUAAUGAACUUCAUGUGACUGGAGAAUAGAGAAUGCCACUAAAUAAAGCCUAUAUUUGAAACAUG